CAGAGGUGCCACUCAUUCCUAUCGACCCUUCUUAUCUCCUCCUCCUCUCUCUGUUCAUCCUAUCUCCCUCACCUCUGCAUCUCUCUACCCCUUCUUCCUCGGUGAUCGAGAGCGGCGCCGCGGUGGAGUUCCAGGCCCAACUCUGAUUUCCUCUCGGUUGCCAACUGCACCUCUCUCUCUCUCUUGAAUCUGGCACACGCCUGCUCUGCUCAUGAGCCUGCCGCCGGCCUAUACCCCUUCCCGUUGUCCUUUUUCUACUCUCUUCUCCGACUCCCGAAUGUCGCCGCCGCCGCUUCUUCUCCAUCCGGGCCUGGGGAUGCCGCGGUGGGGGCUAACCGGGAGAGGGGAGGUGGGGGUGUCGUCGUCCACCGGCAGAUAUGGCGGCGGCCCCACCCCGCCACAAGGGAAGCACUGGAAGGCGGGGGACUUCCCGGGGACCGUCGACGCCCCCAAUCCACCCACCCCGCCACAAGGGAAGCGCGGGCCCUCGGAGUCAUCCCAACUCUCGGAUCGGAAGAGGCACUGGAAGGCGGGGGAGUUCCCGGAGACCGCAGCCGCCACCAAUUCAAGAACGUCAAGGAUUCCCCUCAAGAACGUGAAGAAGCGGCUGGACGCCCGCGCGGAGGCCAAGGCGUGGGCGUGCACCGUCACCGAGGCUCUCGCCGACCGCAUCCACUCCAAGAACUGGCAUGAGGCGCUCCAGGUCUUUGAGAUGCUCCAGGAGCAGCCUUUCUACCAUCCCAAAGAGGGCACCUACAUGAAGCUCAUCGUGCUGCUUGGCAGAUCAGGCCAGCCCUCCCGAGCGCACCAACUCUUCAACGAGAUGCUGCACCAAGGAUGCCCACCCACCCCCGAGCUCUACACCGCCUUGAUCGGAGCCUACUGCCGCAGCUGCCUACUGGAUGAGGCGCUCCAGCUCCUCACUGACAUGAAGGCCUCCCCGCUGUGCCAGCCUGACGUCUACACCUACAGCACCAUCAUCAAGGCCUGUGUCGACGCCUCCAGAUUUGACCUCGUCGAUGCUAUGUACAAAGACAUGGCUGAGCGCUUUAUAGCACCCAACACGGUCACGCAGAACAUUGUUCUCAGCGGCUACGGAAAGGCUGGACGGUUGGAUGACAUGGAGAGAGUGCUUUCUGACAUGCUAGACAGCACAACCUGCAAACCGGACGUCUGGACCAUGAACAUUAUCUUAAGCCUAUUUGGCAACACUGGACAGGUUGAAUCCAUGGAGAAAUGGUACGAGAAAUUCCGAAGCUAUGGGAUCGAACCGGAGACUCGUACACUGAACAUCCUCAUUGGCGCCUAUGGGAAGAAGCGCAUGUACGACAAGAUGUCUGCGGUCAUGGAGUACAUGCGCAAGCUAGCAUUCCCAUGGACCACUGCCACAUACAACAACGUGAUUGAGGCAUUUGCUGAUGCCGGUGAUGACAAAAACAUGGAACACACAUUUAACCAGAUGCGCUCCGAGGGGAUGAAGCCAGAUACAAAGACCUUCUGUUGUCUAAUAAAUGGGUUUAGCAAAGCAGGCCUUUUCCAUAAGGUGGUGGGAAUGGUUAAGCUUGCUGAGAGGCUUGAUGUGCCCGCAAAUACAUCUUUCCACAAUGCUAUUCUUGCUGCAUGCGCAAAAGCAGAUGAUCUGAUGGAGAUGGAGAGGGUCUUCAGGCACAUGAAGCAUAAGCAGUGUGCUCCGGAUGCCGAGACAUACUCUAUCUUGGUGGAAGCUUAUCGGAAGGAAGGAAUGACCGACAAGAUUUACGCUUUGCAUCAGGAGAACCCAACUUUGGUUCUGACUGAUCUUGUCAUGGUGUAACUGACCCGUUGACUGAAUAAUGGUUCAGACAUGUUUAAGCAUGGCUGCAUUGAUGGAAAAGUUCCUUACUGUCCACGUUUGGAAUUGCUAAUGCUGCCAAGCUGAGUGGCAGCCAUUCUCCAACUUCAUUUCUUGUCUGUUUGCCCGCAGAGUUAGUAUGUAUAUCUCCUGGCAACUUUAUUUUUGCAAACUCUAUGUGGCUUCACUAUAUCAAGUCACUUAGGGCAUGUUUGGUUGGGCUGAUGCUUUUUGGCUUUUGGCUGAAAAACUACUUUUCUGGCUUUUGGUUUCUGGUUUCUGGCUUUUUGCUAUUAAUUUUUGCAACAAAUUUUUAGCUUCUCAAGAUGAUUCUGGCCAACUUGAGAUGCUUUGAACUUACCACAGAACUGCUCAACGGUAACAUUUUUGUAUGUUUCUCCACUAUGGCUCCCACAUUGCUGUUGAUCCUUUUUUGGCAAGAUCUAUACAUAUGUUUGGAAGAAUGAAGAAUUCCUAGUUUCUGAUGGUAAAAUUUUCAAGUACCCUACUCUGUACCAGAUUUCCUUAAAUUAUACCGAAUGGCUACAGAUUUGGUAGUUUUCAUGAUGUUUUUGCAAACUUAUUGCUAUGACUUCUUGUAAGUUGCUCAUACGGUGAAACUUAGAACAUGUGUCUACAAAAGGGUAGGCAUUAAGUUUUCUCUAGCACCUUUAAUGUGUAGUUUAGCUAUUAUGCGUAUUUCACCAACCAAUAUGCUAAGGCAGCAGGUAAAAUUUGAUUUGCCAGAUUGGAAAAGAAAAAUUGUGCAUUGCUGCAUAAAAAGGAAGACUUGAUUAGAGUUUACCAGAGCUAGAGAGGCUCAGAUUGCAUUUUUUUAAGGAGGCAUAAGGUUUUGGUGGUUGAGGUCACGGACUCAUGUGUCAAGGCUCCAUUUGUCCUGUACUUCUCUUAUGGAUAAGUAGCAGUAUGAUGGCUUAUCGGAACUGCUAGAGCUGUUGGUGCUUGUUUUUGCAUAAUCACUUCUGUAGUACUCAAAGUUGCAGAUUAAAAUAAUUUUAAAUACCCCUUGAAGAAAGAAAUCCUGACAUUCCUUUCCUUUCGAGGCACUUAAAUCCACAUGAUUCAAAGAAACACAUAAUGCAACUCUUAAAUCCAUGGUACACAAUUUUUCCUUCAGCCAUCAAUUAACAUCAUCAAAAGUUCAUAAGUCUCUGAUGCUGGUUGAAGGAAUGAGACCUGAACGGCAGACUCUGAGAUAUGAGCCAGCUGUUGGAGGCAAGAAACAUUUUGGAAGGUGGUUAAACUAUCCAACUCAGUUGAUAUUUCAUCCAUGAAGAGCGCUUUUCACGGUCCUACUAUCAUCGCUCCAGAUGUUAAUUUCAGUGUCGCGUCCCGGUAUGGUCAAAAUUGCAUUAUGAUGCGCACACUUGGAAAAGCAGCAUAAUAAGGGAGGCUAGUGAUUACCUUCAUAUACAUGUCUACAUCGGGGUCAGGGGUACUGCCAGCCUCCUUGUAAUCACCUCCUUCAUCAGUAGUGGGAUUGGGUAACUAAAUUUGCCUGAAAUGAAGGUACUUAUUUGUUCAGACAAUUUGGUUGAUGUGCCGAGUUACCUGCCCUGUUGCCAACACCCUGAAAUAUUUCUUGCAGAGAUCAAGUCGAGGGUCUCUCUGACAAUCAUCUCAGGGACAUGAAGGUCAUACUGACAUGAGGGUAGUUUUGCCGCAGCCUGGGGGUCCCAGGAGGAGGAGCGUAAGCCUCGAAGGAUUCACCAUGCCACUGAAGUUGCCGAGGAUGCGGAUCCGUGACCUUGAGUGUUGCCCCUAACAAGGAUAAUAUGUUUCCGGCAACUGGUGCACCCGGGCUCCUGGCAGUCAGUGCUUCCACCGAGAUUCAAGCCUGACGUUGGGGGAAAUCAUAUAUGGACAUUCUUGUGUAUUUUGCAGAUGUCACUGACGCAAGGUGGGUGGUGUUUGUAUAUAGAACACUCUUGUUUUCACAAUCCAGUCUUUCAUUGCAAGGUAAUGUUGAGGACUAGAGGUAGAGUAGGCUAAUGCAGCAGGGGUCACUGAUGCUGAAGAUCGAGUUGCCGGCACCGUAACAAGUGUUCGCGCGAGAUGUGUCAGGCUACAGAUUAAUGAACUUGCUAGCAAUUUAAGCCACAGAUUAGAGGUC